CUGUUCUUAAUUUCUUCACUAUUUUUUACAGUUUCUCCAUGUCCACCCCCCUCUGAAAAUAAUGAAAAAAGAUAGCAUUUUGCUUUCUUGUUGAGAAUUCAUCCACCAAGAUUUCAGCUUUCUGCUUCACUUUGAUUCCUGUACAAAAAAUAGGUUCUUUGUCCUUUCGAUUUCUGUUACUAUCGAUUGUCCCGUAUAAUUCGUUUAACCUAUUAUUUUGUUGUAGUUAUUAUUUCUUUUUUUAAUAUACUUUGGCAUGCCUUGUGUAGUAUUUUGUCUUGUUAGUUUUCUGAGCCUGAGAGUUUAUCGAAAAAACCUCUUUACCUACCAGGAUAAAUUCUGCACAUACUCUACCUUCCUCAGAUCUACUUGUGUAAUUACACUGGCUAUGUUGUUGUUGUUGUUGCUAGCAUCUUGAUCUAAAAAUUUCUUCUUUGAUUGCUACUUUUAUGGUUGAAAAGGAUUUUAUUUGGAGAUGACAUUUUGGGGUUCUGAAUACUUGAUUCUUGCAGAUAAGAUGAAAAUUGAUAUUGUGGGGCUAUGUGAGGCAGGAUCUGCAAUUGAAUUAGAGGAUGAAGCUUGUUCAUUUUUCCCUGAUCCACAUUUGAUGAAUAAUCUCAGAGUUAGUGAUAAUUUAGUCAACAGGAAUGUUGAUAUUAGUUCAUUUCAAUCUGAUGUCAGACCAAAUACUUUAGUCUCAUCAUCUGCAUCUGACUUUCAUGACGAUUAUGAUUUCAGUGAUGGUUUGCUUAAGUAUAUAAAUCAGAUGCUUAUGGAAGAGGAUAUUGAAGAGAAGACUUACAUGUUUCAAGAGUCUGCAGCUCUUCAAGCUGCAGAAAGAUCGUUUUACGAACUUAUUGGAGAGAAGUACCCUUCUUCCGCAAAUCAGGAGAAGCCAUCUAGUUUAGGUCAGAAUGAACGUUAUGCUAUGGACCUUAGUAGUUUCCACUAUAGUGGAAAUGGUGGUUGUGAUGGUUUACUCUGCCCAAAUUUGAUUCUUGAUCUCGAUGAGGAUGAUGUGUCACAUGUGCCUCAUGUUCCCGAUGCUAUUGCUUUGCAUUCAACUUAUCGUUCAUCCCACAGUUUGUCAGGCACUUUCACGGAUGUGCCUGUGGAUUCUCCUGUGAGCACACUUAGGAUUCCUGACAUAUUUAGUGACGGAGAGUCUGUUAUGCAGUUUAAGAAAGGGGUGGAGGAGGCAAGUAAGUUCCUUCCUACGGGCAAUAGCUUGCUUGCUGAUGUGAGGUAUAAUGUAGUGGAAAAGGAGCUGCAGUAUGAUGAGAGAAAAGAUGCAGUAGUAAAGGUUGAGAAGUAUGGGGAAACACAAUCUCCUGAAAGGUCGAGAGGGAAGAAAAACACCCUUCAUGAAGAUAUAGUAACUUCAACGGAAGGGAGAAAUAACAAGCAGUCUGCAGCGUUUUCUGAAUCAACUGUUCGAUCGGAAAUGUUUGAUAGGGUGCUGCUAUGCAGCGCAGAGAAAAAGGAAUCUGCUCUUCGUAAAACCUUGCAGGCUAGAAAUGCAUCAGAGAAUGGCCCUUCAAAGGGAUCUAACGGUAAGAAGUUACAAGGAAAGAAAAAAGGGGUUAAAAGAGAUGUAGUAGACUUGGGAACACUCCUGACACUUUGUGCACAAGCUGUUGCUGUAGGUAACCAAUGGACAGCAAAUGAGCUUUUGAAGCAGAUCAGGCAAAGUUCUUCUCCUAUGGGGGAUGGGAUGCAGAGGCUGGCCCAUUAUUUUGCUGAUGGUCUUGAGGCACGGAUAGCUGGUUCUGGUACUCAUAUUUAUAAAGCCCUUAUUACACGGCCUGUAUCAGCAACUGACGUUUUGAAAGCGUACCACCUACUUCUUGCUGCCUGCCCGUUCAGGACUAUGUCUAGCUUUUUCUCAAAUAAGACAAUUAUGAAUCUAGCUGAAAAGGCUUCAACAGUACAUAUUAUAGAUAUUGGCAUUAUGUGGGGUUUCCAAUGGCCUGGCCUCAUACAACUUCUCUCUUCUAGACCAGGUGGACCUCCCAAGCUUCGUAUAACUGGGAUUGAUUUUCCAAAUCCCGGUUUCCGACCAGCAGAAAGGGUUGAGGAAACAGGGAGGCGGUUAGCUAAUUAUGCUGAGAGCUUCAAAGUUCCUUUUGAGUUCAAUGCUAUAGCGCAAAAGUGGGAAACAGUUAAACUCGAAGAUCUUAAGAUCAAUAAGGGUGAGGUUAUUGUGGUAAACUGUCUGUUCCGUUUUAGGAAUCUACUUGAUGAGACUGUGGUGGUGAAUAGUCCAAGAGAUGUUUUUCUUGAUCUUAUCAGGAGGUUGAAUCCAGAUGUUUUCAUUCAGGGGACUGUAAAUGGUGGUUAUAAUGUCCCAUUCUUUAUCUCACGAUUCCGCGAGGCUCUUUUUCACUACUCAUCCUUGUUUGAUAUGCUUGAAACUAUAAUUCCCCGGGAAGUGCACGAGAGAAUGUUGGUUGAAAAGAAUAUACUUGGUCAGGAGGCAAUGAAUGUCAUCGCGUGCGAAGGUGCUGAGAGAAUUGAGAGGCCAGAAACAUACAAGCAGUGGCAAGUCAGAAUUCUGAAGGCUGGUUUUCGUCAGCUUCCUUUGGAUGAGGAGAUCAUGAGAAUGAUAACAGAACGAUUCAAGGUGUACGACAAGAAUUUCAUGAUUGAUGUAGAUAGUGAAUGGCUAUUGCAGGGAUGGAAGGGUCGUAUCGGAUAUGCACUUUCCACAUGGAAGGCAGCAUAUUAAAUUUGCUCUCAUUCCUCAUCAAGGAGCAUGCUCAGCUGCCAUGAUAUCCCUCUGCCCCUUGUAAAAAAUGAGCUCAUGAAUGGUACUCACUUUUCCAAGUGCUAGUUAUUAAUUCUGUCAUUUCUCUAGUGUGAAUUUAACAAACACAAAUGUGAAGGCUAUGGUCAUAACACUGAUUUGCUUAUGGGGGAGUGGAAGCAGAACUUCAUUUGCCGCCUUCCUUCCCUAACGAGUUGAGCUGUGGCAUCAACAACAGGAGAGAGGAAUGACAACAAUUUUUGAGCAGCAUUUGUGUCUGGUUUAUAGGAACACCAGCGGAGGGUUUAUUGGAACAACCUUUCUUCUUCUCAAGGUAGGGGUAAGGUCUGCGAAUACUCUACGUUCUUCAUGACUCACUUGUGGGAUUACGUUGGUCACUGUGUUGAUGAGAGGCACUUGGUUUAAUAGUCAAAAUGCACGCAGAUCGCCCCGAACAUCAUCAUCAUAAAAAAUGUUUAGAUUGUUUAGCUAACGUGAAGGAUUGGUCACUGCUUACAUAUUGAUUAGAGCCUAUGGAUUCUUUAAUCUGUAAUCAUCUGAAAAGCAUGGAAAACUCUCUAAAUUACAUGCCAAAGUCUAGUUUCUACAGCAACGUUGCAUGACUUUGAUGUUUGUUUUGGUUGUUAAUAUUGUCAAACCUUCAUCUUUA